UAGUGUACCAGUGUAUGUGUCAAUUAAGUCGUCCUCUGCGGAAAAGACAAUCACAUUUACGUGGACAAACGGGACAGGAUUGGUGGACAAAUUCUACCUGAUGGUUACUGGACCAAAUGGAUUCUCUAGGCAACAGGAGAUUACGUACCAGAAUAAGAAGAAUCAAUACAGUUAUGUCUUGCAUGCCCCGGUGUCUGGGUUAUAUCACCUGAAGCUGAAGGCCCAGUCUAACAAGGUCAACUCCUCAAUCUCUCAGACACAUGAUGUAGAGCUGCCUCCUUCGCCACUCAAGGUCUCAAUAGAGUCGAAAACAUCACGGAGUUUUGAGCUGAUGUGGGAAAGGAACGACGCCAAUAUAAAGAAUUUCCGCCUGCUAGUGUUCAAGGAAAAUGACUGUUUGAAAGAGGUUCAUUUUGAAGAAGAGGAUGCAAUGGAACAAGCACAAGGGUCUUGUGGAAGUGUGAGUCGUGAGAAAUUUGGGAAAAAACAGAUGAACUUCAUGUACAAUGUCACAGACUUGUUCCCAUACAUUGAGUGUACACUGAAGCUGUAUCUGAAAUCUGAAGGUGUAGUUGAGAAUCCUGAUCCGGCUACGCUGACCGUCAGAACGAAUCCUGAGGUGCCAUCUAAAAUAAAGAGCAUAAAUGUGACAGUGGAAGGAGCUAAGAAUGUGAGUGUAUGUUGGAGUCCGCCAGAGCCUUUCCCUGGUCCUACAAACUACACACUGACUCUGGUGGAUUUGGGAGAGGGACCACAGCGAGACAGGAAGCAAGUUAUUGCUGGUUUUUAUAGCAUAUGUGAAGCCAUUGACGAUUUAGAAGAAUUUUGGCUGUACAAAGUUAGAGUGAUGGCUUCAACAGAGGUUGGAAAUGGUCCACCCACAUAUACGACUGAAUUUAGAACACUGGAAGCAGCUCCAGGUAAAGUGACCCAGCUGGAAAUCAGACAAAUACAGGAUACGUAUCACAGCCUGAAUGUUACAUGGAAGGCUCCGCUACUGAGAGACAGAAACGCCAACAUCACUAACUUUACUCUGACCUACAAGCUGUCUGAAAUGCAAUAUGAUAAUGAGACGGUAUUCAGCCUUCCCUGGUCACCAGCCAGGGAAGCACGUUACGCACAAACAGUGUCUGUUGAACCUGAGAAGAAUUAUACCUAUGAAAUAUCUGCAGGGAGUGUGUGUUGCCAAGGUGAAGUGUUGACAAGAAUACACUACUCUCCUGCUGGAAAUCCACCACAACCGACCGGCUGUGUGAUAGGCUGCUCUGACACCAAACCCUCCUUGUCUGAACCAGAGAGUGCCAGGUCCUUUUCUCUCACAAUCACAACAGAUUUCUUCUCAAAUGAUACCAAUGGAAAAAUCACAGACUAUGGCCUUGUUGUUGAUGCAGUGCAAAGCGAUGAACCUACAGCCUCCAGCACAGAGGCUAAUAUGAAAGCUGAUCAUUUUAUAGAGUUUAACAACUGGUACAAAGCCAACGAAGAUAAUUUCCAAAUUCCCUAUAGAGCUACCCCUUUAGGCUGGUCUUUUCAGACAGUUGGUGGUAGUCGAUCUAAGAGGGAAGCAGCUAUUACAUUAACUGUGGGAGAAGACGCACACUGUAGUACAAAAGGUGUGAACAGUUUCUGUAAUGGUCCCCUGCUUCCAGGCAUGGAGUACAGAGUGAAAGCCUUUUCCUGUACUGCAGGGGGAUGCACUGAGACGAAGUAUGUUGGGGGAUAUAGAACCAAAGCCUCCAACACAGCGGCUAAUAAGAAAGCUGACCAUUUUAAAGAGUUUGACAACUGGUACAAAGCCAACAAAGAUAAUUUCCAAAUUCCCUACAGGGCUACCCCUUUAGGCUGGUCUUUUCAGACAGAGGAAAAGGAUUACAAGACAAUAACCAUUGCUGUCAGCGUCUCAUGUGGCCUGGUAUUAAUCAUUCUUCUCGCCGUUAUUGUUGUGAUCACAGUGCAAUUUAAACAUCAGAAACAGAAGGACACGCGUCGUCAUGAGAGGCCUAGGCACGAGGACUUAAAUAUGGAUCCUUAUGAGACAAUGAAACCAACUCCAGUCAAUGCAGAGAGGAAAUACGAGGGUAUGCGAUUUGAUCAACUUGCGAUAUCAGCAUUCCGUCUGAGAGUUUCUAAUGAAAAUCUGAACAAAGGUAAACAUAAAGUGCUAAAAGGAACACUUCAGGAGGCUGAUGGGCAUCAGAGGAGCGUCGCCAUCAGAAAAAUCACAGGAACCAGUCCAUUUGAGCGAUGUAAGGCAGAGAUAGAUAUUAUGCGGAAUAUUGGAGCCCAUCCACACAUCGUGUGCUUCCUGGGUUACUCCAUACAAGACGAUAACACCGUUUUCUUGAUCAACGGCUUUGAAGAAAGGGGCGAUUUACAGAGUUUUCUGAGGGAUAAAAGAGGAAGUGGAUCAAAUAAAGAACUGACAGAAGCUAAUCUCUUGCUCUUUGCUGAAAAUGUGGCCGAGGGUAUGGCGCAUCUAUCACAGCUAGAGACCCUUCAUGGAGACCUGCGAGCUGUGAACGUUCUGCUUGGUGGAGACCUGACGGCAAAGAUAUCUGGCUUCCAGCAUGCAAAACCGGUCGGAUUCGAGCCAAAAGACGUGGAUAAGUUCACCUUUCCGCUGUGCAGAUGGGCUUCGGUUGAGACUCUGGAGGGGAAGGCCUACACGCAACAAAGUGAAGUGUGGUCAUUUGGUGUAUUGAUGUGGGAAAUCAUGACCUACGGAGCGACACCUUAUGGGAAGAUGAAGUCCAAGGAGAUACGCCGCCUUCUCAGCCAAAACUGUCGUCUGGCCUGCCCUAAAUCCUGCCAAAUUCCAUUAUACACUGUAAUGUUAGAGUGUUGGAAAGACGACCCUGCAGAACGACCUUCCUUUCAAGAUUUGUCACGGAGACUGGCCGAUAUGACAACAGAAGUACAGCAAUACAUGAACAUUGGAAUAUACGAAAGUCUUGACUUCAGCUUUGAAGAAGCGGGGGCAGACAGCAGGUACUAAGGAAUGAAUAUUAAAAUGUUGGAAAAACAACAGGUGUUAAUAUAUUUUGUAAAGUUUUAUACAUUUGUGUCUUUCUUGAUGAAAGAUAUGUUGCUUUACAGAGGUAUGUUUUAAUUCAAAAAUGGAUUCACCACUUUAUACAUAUAUAAAUUAUAUUGAGUUUUGCGAAAUUUUUG